AGAGAACUUUCAUGGGAAAAGGAAAUGAAAUGUCGAAUUCAAGAAUUACAUACUAAAAAUAAUUAAUUCCAUCCAAAUAACGAACGAAGAAACUCGUGAUCGUGAAUUAAUAAAAGAUAUGAGAUUAACUGAUGAUACUCGUCUAAAAUAUGGAUACCAACGGUAGUCACAAUCAGAACCAAGGUUACUGGUUUGUUUUACGCGAAGACCAAGGCAAUGUUAUAUUUAGCAGUAACAACAUCACCACCAUACAAAAUCCUCAAAUUACAACAGAACAAGAUUCAAGGUAUGUCAUAGAAACUGCUGAUAGACAAUAUGAACAGGUGAUUGAAGUGGCCACGAUACAGGACUCUGAUCACUGUGAAACAGUGGCCAAACGUCAAAAGGGUAAAGAAGAUGAAAAUUUCUGGGACAGACACAAGGUCAAAUUACUGCUUACAUUGUGUCUUGAAAAUAAAAAUGUUGAUAAAGAAAUUCUAUGGGAAGAAAUAAGCAGUAUCAUUGGAGCAACUCCAGAUGAGUGCAACACUAAGUACAGACACCUAAGAAGGACCUAUUUGAGACUAUUGAAAAAGAAGAGGAUGGGAAGAGACAUCAAAUGGGUACAUUAUAGUAUUUGUGAAGAAGUCUUCACAGACCUCAAGGCCCUGCCACCCUCAGUUUUAGAGCCUUGGGAAGAUAACAAAGUGAGAAGACUUCUUAGUCUUUAUAUAGAUAACCUGCACAGGUUUCGCAAUCCUAAUUGUUUGCAGAAAGAUGUUUGGAAAGAAAUGGCAAUUCGAUUGGGCACUACAAGUUACAAUUGUUACCACAAGUUUAAAAAUCUAAGGAGGUCAUAUUUAACCUGGUUAAAUAGAAGUCGUGAAACUGGCAAGGGCAUUAAGUGGCCUUACUACCAUUACUUUGAACGAAUCUACCAUAACUACAAUCCAAAUGUUAGGCCAUGGGACAGAAAUAAAAUCAAAGUACUUCUUGAGGCCUAUGCUCAAAUAGGUUAUAAAUUCAGGAAUCCUAAAUUACAGAAAAAGGAACUUUGGAAAGAAAUCUCUCAAAAAGUGGGUGAAACUCCAUCAGCAUGUGAUAAAAAGUUCAGGAAUCUUAAGCAGACAUAUGUUAGAUUAAAGAAAAGGGCACAUGGUGGAAGGCUUACAACUAAAUGGCGAUAUUACAGAGACUUUGAAAUAAUUAACAGUUAUACUGCUAGAUAUAUAGAUAUGGAUGGUCAGAAAAUUGUUUAUAAAACUGGACAGGACGAAAACUACAUACAUCACUUACUUUCCUUCUACAUUGACAACAAAGAAAAGUUUAGAGAUCCCCUCACCAAAAAUAAAACGUUAUGGAGAUUGAUUGGUCCAAAGCUAGGGUUAACAGCAGGAGAAUGUGAUAAGAAGUUUAGAAACUUAAAGCAAACAUAUAUCAGGCUUGCUUGGAAAAAGAAGCAGACUGGAAAAUGCACUAGCUGGCCAUAUUAUCGUUACUUUGAAGCAAUUUAUGAUGAGCCAAUUGGUGGUGCAACAUACAGAAGCAGAGUGGAUAUCGACGACGUGAUGCGGUGCGAGAUUCGACGUGCAGUGCGGGACGUGUAUGAACGGACAGAAACAGAUCGGAAAUUCGAGAGACUAGUGCAAGUAGCUGAAGAAUCAAACAACAUACAGAAAGAAAGAAAUGCAAUAUUACAAGGUUUACUCAAUAGAAAAUGACAAUUGAUUCCACCAUCAGGAUUUGU